UUUGGGCCGGCUCCAACCAUUGAAGAGCCGAGGCCUGUGGACUCGUCUUGAAAGCGACGGUGAAAUCAGAAACCUCAUUCUCGAGGAAGACGCGCAGAAGAGAUCCCUUGAUCUUAUCAGCCGGCUCCAGUACGAAUUUCAGCCCUUUCUUGGUAGAGUCCCACGCACCAUCGAUGGUCAAAUCGCGCGUGUCCAAGAAAAUUUCUCCGGAGUGCGCUCUCUCCAGCGACAGAGUGACGGUGCCGGUGAUGGUUUUGGACUCGAAGUCCAACGAGAUGGUCAAAGCAGCAUGCUUCGUCAGCGGAUGCGCUGCAUCGGUGUAGGAGUGGGGGUCGAUGGGAGUCAUCCUCGCCUCCUCUCGAGCACUUUUCCUCAGCUUUUCUUCGAAUUGGUCUCGGAUACCGCUGCCGCUGCCGCUGCUCGAAGGAGGCAGAGGGAUACGGCUACAAAAGCUUCCCGAGCUACUUCUGCUCAGACUAGGAAGACCGGCAGCCGCAGCACCAGCACCAGCCCGCUCACUGUCGCAGAUUAUAGAAAGCCCCUUCUUCUCGAGCAGCAGCAAUUCGGUUACUUUCGGGCUCCCGCGCUCGGCACUUUUCUCCGACAGCGAAUCCCUGGCUUUGGGGCUCGGGCUCGGGCUGCCACCAUUCACGACACUCUUCUCCAAAAGAAAGUCUCUUGUUUGGGGGCUCUCGCUGCUGCUGCUACUGCCGAUCACACAUUUCUCGGGGGGAGGCGGGGGAGGGAACGAGUUCAGCAAGUCCCAGAGAAUGGCUUCCUUCUCUUCCUGACCUACUGAUCGGCCAAUAGCGAUGAAAUUCGGGCCUUCAGAGGAGCACGUCGUCGUCUUCUUCUUCUCUUCGCUCACGCUAUCGGCCACGACGCCUUUCUCCUUCUCCUCGUCCUCGUCCUGCCGGGGAGUACAAAGUCCGCCAGCGGCUUCUUCGGGCCUCCAUGGAGCGCCAGGAGUGGAAGGGGGACAAGUGCCGGAGCGGGCAUCGACGGGAAUAUUUUGUGCAGCUGUGGCGAAUUUAGUUGGGCCUUCGGCUGUUCCUUCCGCUGCUGAGGGUUCAGGUUUUGCAACUAUUGUCGCCACUUGAACUGCUGUUACUGCUGCCUGAAAGUAGCCUCCGAUGCCACUCCACGUGCUGAGCUUGGCGCAGAGCAGCUCCUCUUUCUUUGUUUCUCCCCCGGAGCCAAUCCAAGUGCUCAGCUUUUUCUUGUGCUCUUUUGGCGGCUGAACUGACGUCAGAUCCUGCCACAAGACAUGCCGAAUUCCUCAGCCCUUAUCCAAAGAUCAUCAUUGUGGCGAUGCACGUGAUUCCAGUGCUUGCAUUGUAGUCGUUCCUCACAAUACUACCGGUAUGUACGAUACAUUGGCAUCUGCAACGUCCACAGUCCACAUUGCAUUCAUACAGUAACCUCGUUCCUGAUUUUCAACAAGUCUCUUAGAGCAGACUGUUCUCUGGAGUACAGACUACAUCAUCAUCAUGUUAGAAGACAGGACCAUCAUCUUUUGUUUUACAUUUUUCGUUGAACUUCUGACCCUGGCCUAUCGGAAAGUAUUGCUGCACAGUUACAUUCCUCACAGUGUUGUCAUAUUAAAUGUUACUCAUACUCGUGGCUUACUUGUUUCGAGACCAUUUCGAGGCCUGUGCUUUUGGUGAUUACAGAGAAAGUGCUCAACUACUCCUUCUCCGAAGACUAUGUGGAUCCUAUCUCCAGACAAGCAACAUCUCAACAUCUCGUGACGUGUGAACGUGUACGAAUUGUUGACCUGUAAAGAAUGCAUAGUCCCAAGACUGGUCGCCUUUAGUCCCGGCUUGAGCCCAGAGAUUAGCCUGCACUCGACCAAUGCAAUAUUGAAGAUGAUUGUAGAUGGCCAAAAGCGGAGCGGUUAUAGCUCCACCGGCCUCUAGAUCGAGUGGUAUGUACAACUCCUUAGGAGUUCACAUUGCGUACGAGGCGGAGCAGGUCAUGAAAUCAUAUACCUCGCUGCCUUGACCUGUAUGUACACUUUCUUACUUCUUCGAUUCCAGUGAUAAGCCUCGCAUUCUUUUGA